AUUUUUGUUCAGUAGUUAGCUGAUACGUUAAAACCCUAUCGAGGCUUUGUAAAAUCUGUCAGGUGGGGACUGCGCCUUUAAAAAAAGCCCUUGCCUCGUCACUGUCAACGAAAACCCGGAACCAAAAAAAGCGAGUUGUGUUGCGCUAACAGUGGGUUCGAUUACUUCAGUUGGGUGAGAGGCUAUGGGAGUUACAAACCAUGUCAGUUGCUGCAAUACUGCAUCUACCUAUUGAAAUAACAGCCGAAAUCAGUCGUAUGAUAUUUGAGAACAAAGGAUUUUUAGAUAAGGAAGAGUAGCCUAACCAUCGAUAGAUUCAUGAUAUCGAUAUGUUCAACUCCAAUGAAGCAAACCUAAGGACGACACUAGACUGAUCGGAGACAAAUCAUAAAAGUCCUUAUUGAAAGAUGGGUUUGGCAAGUAGAAGUACAUGUUACCAUGAAAGGGUAGAGUAUAAUUUGUAUAAAUGCCAAGGGAGACAGGCUUAGGGUAGCCUAGAGGCUAUUAUUUAGGAGUCGAAGUAGGGCGUUGCAAAUACAAGCUAUUACAAUACUAUUAUAAUAAAGAAAUGUGCAACGUAUGGUGCAGUGCUGGGAGAACUUCAAAAUAAGACGCUAAGCAGAAUUGCGGCCUCUAUCUAACCCUAUAAUAGGUGCAGUUCCACAACAAGUUCAGUUCGCGGACUGACACGUAGCUGUAGAUAGGGCCAACAGGGAACGAGCAGCUGCCGUCAGUUUCAGCUAUAGAGAUACUGGUCUUUUUCGUUCUAGCCCUGGUUUUUAGAAAGCUUUGUUAUGUCAAGAACUAGUCGACGGUACAAGCCUUUGCAGGUGAAUAAUGGUGCUGUCCCUGGUUGCAACUCGGUUCGAAUGCCCCGUGCUCGGGUACUGGUCUUCUGUCUCUUGGGUGUGCUGACUCUUGCUAUGGUGUUGGGGUUAUAUUUGUCCAACGACACAAGCAGCAACCGCAACAACAGAAUCCCCGUCGUAGAUUUGGCAAAAGACAGGUUAUCCCAUAAGGUCAGUAAGUCUUCUCCAUCCCAGGUGCGGCGGCUGGUGUCCCAGGUAGACGGGACACGCCUGUGGGAGACUCACCUUAGGCCCAUCCUCAUAGAGAGACUGCCAGGAACCCUGGGCAGCCAGGCUGUACGCCAGCACAUCUCCUCCACCUUAUCAUCCCUCUCCGCUGGCUGGACAGUAGAACUCGACUCUUUCCUGUCACCAACGCCUCGGGGUCAGGUCACCUUCUCCAACAUCAUCGCGACCCUUGAUCCCGGGGCCCCUCGCAGGCUGCUGCUGACCUGCCACUACGACUCCAAGGUCCUGCCACCGGACCCCCGCGUCCCAGAGAGGGUGUUCCUGGGGGCCAGCGACUCAGCGGUGCCUUGUGCCAUGAUCCUGGAGCUGGCUUCUGCCUUGGACGCCCAGCUCAAAGCUCUCAAUCAGCAGGCAUCUGCUGUAACCCUCCAGCUAGUGUUUUUUGACGGAGAGGAGUCGUUUGAGGAGUGGACAGCCACAGACUCUCUCUACGGAUCAAGGCACCUGGCAGAGCGCAUGGCACACACACCCCACCCACUAGGCUCCACACACACCAACCUGCUGCAGGCUGUGGACCUCUUUGUUCUACUGGACCUGCUUGGUGGACCAGACCCUUUGAUUGUAAAUCACUUUGACAACACUGCCCGCUGGUUUGACCGUCUCAUCGCUGCAGAGAAGAGGCUGCACAGGCAGGGUCUGUUGACCUCUCACCCCUCUGAGCAGACCUACUUCAGGAAGGACGUGUACCUAGGCCCAGUGCAGGACGACCACAUCCCCUUCCUACAUAAAGGUGUUCCUGUGCUUCAUGUCAUUGCCACCCCCUUCCCCCCAUUCUGGCACACGCUGGAUGACACUGAGGAGAACAUGCACCGGCCCACAGUGGAGAACCUCACCAAGGUUCUGGCUGUGUUCCUGGCUGAGUACCUGGGCUUCUAACCACAGCUGGACCCGCCAUUGGACUGGUCCCAUAAACCAGAACCAACAGAUUACCUGGACACCUUUUUAACCACAGUGUAGGAAAUACACAGACAGGGGAUUGGGGGAGGUUUUGCCCUGACAUUGCAAAAAACUAGGAGAGAUAGAUGUUCCUCUGUCACUGGACAGGUUCCAUCCACCGAAUCCAACACUCAUAGACACAUUGAUCUGAGAGCAGAACUACCAUGACGUUACACUGCUGGAAGUAGGCAGCUUGUAUCACAGAAAACAAUUGAUGGUACACGUUCAUGAAAAAGAACUGGAAGAGGCCUUUCUGUGAAUUUUAAUAUUCUAAUUGACUGUUUUAAGUCUUAAGGAAAAAGACAAAGCUAACCUAAUCCUUAAUUUAUGCUAUAUGAUCAUCGGUUGUGAUUUUCCAACACUUGAUUUCAUGCAAUAAGGUCACUGAGCCGACAUUUAAGGUUAUAUUCACGGAGCAUGGCAGUGAACGAAAACUUGAAAAAAAGUAAUUAAAAUGAUUGUCAAUGCCUUUUGGUUUUUUACUAUUACUGUAUAUCUUCUGUAUGCAUUACCUCUCCCCAAGAGGUUUCAGGCCUGUCUUGAUUUAGCCAUGGAGAUAUAUUUAAUCUGUCUCAUUUAGCACAUCAUACCAGAGUGCUGAUUUCAAAAACAGCUGAAUCAGAAAAGGUGAAUGUUCAUACAUAUUAUGGUGUAGUCCAGGUGCUGGGUGAAAUAAGCUGUAUUAAAAAUACAGCUGAAUCAGUAACGUCAGUCAAAAUCGAAUAGGCCAGAUUGCCUUUGUGGCAGGCAGGCAGCUUUAUUGGUCCAGUGGAGAAUAUGUGAAUCCAUGUACACACACUGGAUGUUGUUUCAGCUCAGUGAAUAGGAAUCUCAGAGCCGUCCCUAUGGGACAUACAGAAAGAAGACUACAGUGGGAGAGGCUGUGUGCUUGUCUUGGCUGCACUAACAUUUGGCCGUGGUUUCUCUCAGCCACAACCUGGGUCGUGUUCAGUAAGCAUGAUAUGGGAGCACAUUUUUAUAAACACAUUGUUUAUUCCCAAAUGCUUCAAAUGCUUGUCAAUGUUUGGUCUGAUGACAAAUUUCUGUUUUCAAUUAAACUAUUUAAAAAAUG